UCUUUUAGGCACACAGAGACAGGAGAAGCUGCUCAAUUUUUCUCUUUCUAAAAAUGCUCAAUAUCCCAUCACUUCGUACAGCUUUCAGUCCCAUCUUCUGAAUGGAUUUACGAUGAACGACCCACGUCUGUGUAUCUUAAAGAGGAAUCCUCCACGCAGCCGGCAAAGAGGGGCUGCGAAUGGCUCCAAAAGAAGCCUGGAGCUCUUUCUUCAGACUCUGUCUUUGCUUUCUUCUCUCACUGGUACUGCAAGUUUCAGAGUGCAGAAUCCUCACCAGGAGAGGGAGAGGCUGAAUGGGAUCCUGGGAGGCUCUGUGUUGCUCCCUGUAAGUAUUCCCCCCGAGAAAACACUGAAAAAGAUUGAGUGGGAUUUCCAGGGGAGAAAUGGUUCGGGAAUUCAGCUGGCUGAAUUGAUGGAAGGAAAACUGCAGAGGCUCAAUCCAAGGGACAGGUUUGGUUCAAGAUUGGAGAUGGCCAAUGAGACCACCCUGAGGAUCAAAGACUUGGAAAUGGAUGACAGUGGGAAAUAUUCCAUUAAAGUGAGGUUUAUUUCUGCACAGUAUGAAGAUUACACCUUCCACCUCUCUGUGUAUGAACCAGUCCCAGAACCAAAAAUCCUCUCCCAAAUUGUCUCCAACAGCCCAGAUGGCUGUAACGUGACCCUGCAGUGUCAGGUGGCUGAAAAGGGGGAAAUCAACAUCUCCUGGGAAAGAGGGGACGCCUUGAGAGACUUCGGAGAUGGUUCAAAGUCAUACCACCUCUCUGGCAAUGGCAAGGAUCUCCACUUGUUCUGGAAGCUCAACUCCUCAGAUCCCAACAUCACCUGCCUGGUCACCAAUCCAGCUGAUCAGAAAAGCAUCUCCUUCAACUUGCAGCACAUCUGCCAAACUGAAGGUGGCAAACCAUUCGGACUGCAUUGGAGUGGGAGCUGGAGUUUUCUGAUCAUUUUCUUUAUAAUUUUGCUCCUCUUGGCUGGAUUUGGGAUAAAGACCUGGAAGAAAAGAAGAAAGAUGCCGCCCAACAGAGCUACCUCCAUGAUGCCAACGGAGGAGGCACUUACUGAGCCUCAGUACUCAGAGGUUGUAAAGAGGAGCCCCCCAGAAGGCAAUGAUGACCAGUGAUCCAAUGAAUGCCCAUCCUAAAUCUGUCAGAGAGGAGAGGGAAUCUAGAAGAAUUCUCCAAUCCUGGUGCUGCCACUGAGGAGACCCUGCCUUUUUAAAAUGCCUGGCUGAUACCAAGAGAGAGAGAGAGAGGGUGGUACCCCUGAAGCUGAUCAGGGAAGAAAAGGUGGGUAAUCCAUUUGUGAGCAGGUGGUUUUUGAAGUCCACUGACCCUAAGCCAGGCAUGUCCAAAGUCCGGCCUGGGGGCCUAAUCUGGCCCUCUGGUCGGUUUUAUCCAUCCCCUGUGUUGAUUUAUUUCCUGGACUAAAAUCCCCCCAAAAAGCUCAACAACUGCAAUCCUUAAAAAAGUCCAACAACUUCCAUCUUUUGUGUUGGAUUCAACAACUUUGGUCGGCCCUCACGCAUGUUCACUUCAUCAAAUCUGGCCCUCUUUGAAAAACGUUUGGACACCCCUGCUCAUGGCUGCCCAUGCCAAUACUGUAUCAACACUUUUAAAACCAAGCUCUUAUGCGAGUUUCAUUUUAUCCUCAUUCACAGCUGUGAAUCAAGGUAUUCUGUAAAUUUUCCUCCCUCGCUCCGUGCUUCCUUUCAAUCCUAACCCAAAGAUGGCCUUCCUGUUUUUCAAACUUGGGAGAUUCCAUCUGUGCAGCCCUACCCAAAAUACCCCAGUUCAGCCCAGCUGGACUUCCGCCAUUCUCCCUCCCUUCAGUUCCAAGUUAGAUUUCAGAAGUCGUCAUCCUCUGAGCAGAAAAGUGUCUGGUUUGUUUAAGACAGCAGCAUUGCAAGCAGAAGCACCUCAGCAGAACAUGAUGUUGCAGGUUUUUUAGGGGGUUGAGUUGGGUCAGUCUAGAUGAUGUCUGAGACCCUUCUUGGAGUCUUGUACCCGGUGAGGGUUAGAAUCCAGCAGAGGAGGAGGUUGCUGAACUUAUAAGACAAGGAGGACACUUAAGUAUCCUCAUCAGCAUCCCUUUCUUCUGCCCCCUCACCUAGUUGAUGUCAGGGACCAUGCUGAGGAGGGCUGCACUGAGGAAGAAUAGUGGGAGCCACCCUCUCCUCUUGAUCCUAAUCCUGAUUCUUCCCAGGAGCAGGAGGACAGUACAGUGGACCCUUGGGUUACGUUACCUUCAGGUAAUGUAAUCUUUGGGUUGCGAUUGUGACAAACCCAGAAGUGGGUUUGCCGCUCGCGCGUGCGCAGAAACACUCCUUCGGUUAUGAAAUUUUUGGAAUAUGGCCAGGCCUCUGGAAUGGAUCCCGUUCGUAACCAGAGGUACCACUGUAUAGAUUUGGAGCUGUGGUUUGCAGAGGGGCAUAGUUCAGAAGGCAGAAGCUGGGGAAUACUGGAUGGGGAACAGCUAGCAGAAGAAACACUAGAAGAGAGAGAGUGAACAGAUUCACAGUCUCUGGACAGCUUUCAACCCCUCCUCCCCGCCUCCAAAGUCACAAAGAGCUCAGAAAGUGUCAGAACAGAAAGCGCAGAGGUUACAAGCUCAGAUUAAAAGAUGUAGGAGUGACGUAGAUUAAUAGGGACAGAACAGGGUGGGGGGUGACCCUUAAUUGGGAGCACCCCCAUUUCUAGGAGAUGUGUUCUUUGUUCUCUCGCUGUGAUGAUUAAAGAUUCUAACUGGUAAGCCGCUCCUUUUGUUUGAUAUUCUUAUCUGCUGCUGGGGGGGGGGGGCUGAUUCCCCAAAGCCUGACAGUUGCUAGGUAGGCAAACAAAAGCCAGAGAGAGUGAAAGAAAGCUGGGCGGCAAGGAGGCUGGAAGCUGGAGACACAAGGACAUGUUUGCUCUGUGCUGGAUCCUAAGCUGUGGCUCAUGGAGAUCUUUGGGGGGUGUUAGUGCUGUGAGGCUCUCCAUGUUAUGCUCAGGUUGCACAGGUGUGUAAAUAAAAAUAUAUAUCCUAAAGACACCACAGUCCCUGCUGGCCUCUGUUCCAGCCUCAGGUAGCCUUCAUUCCAAGGAAACUGGAUCUAAGAAGCUGCUUGGAACCGCUGGAGUCCCUCACCUCUCGGAGGUUGGGGUGGCAUGUAACAAGGUUCCUUAAGGUGUGGGCCACCGGUGUGGCACCCAAGGGUGCAGUGUGACCUCAAUAUCUUCUCCUGGCACCUAUGAAGCCUCCGUGGGGGCCCUCCAGGGUCAGAGCCAGUAAUGUGUCUGAAGAGUAGCUGCUGGAAACCACAGGGAGAUGAGGCCGACAGCAGGGUUCCCAAACUAAGGCCUGGGGGCCGAAUGCGGCCCAAUCACUCCUAAAUCCGUCCCUCAGAUGGUCCAGGAAUCAGCAUGUUUUUACAUGAGUAGAAUGUGUCUUUUUAUUUAAAAUGCAUCUCUGGGUUAUUUGUGGGGCCUGCCUGGUGUUUUUACAUGAGUAGAAUGUGUCCUUUUAUUUAAAAUGCAUCUCUGGGUUAUUUGUGGGGCACAGGAAUUUGUUCAUCCCCCCCCAAAAAAAAACAUAGUCCGGCCCCCCACAAGGUCUGAGGGACAGUGGACCGGCUGCCUGCUGAAAAAGUUUGCUGACCCCUCACCUACAGCUUCCCAAAGCAAAUGGUUCAUACUGCAGGUUUCCAAAGGCCAUUGGCAGCCUUUGGAAUGAAUGCCAUAAGAUGAGCCUGCAGGAUCAUGGCCAAUGACCCAUCCUUUUCUCACAGCUGGCCAACCUCAGAUGUCUCUUUGAGGAGGCUUACAAGCAGGAUUCAAGCCCAAGAGCAACUGUACCCUCCCUGUGGUUUCCAGCAGCUGCUAUUCAGACACACCCUCCAACUGAUACCUGGACACCUGCUUUUGCUCUCCCAAUAAUCUCCACCCUUAAUUAUUAUUUUGCCAUAUAUUUUAUUGCAGUCCAAAUUGCCCUGGGCAGCUGCACUGGCAAUCUGACUCUUGUUCGCUCCAUUCCUGGCACAUUAACAGCCUUGUGGUAAGAUAAGCAAAAGCUGUGGGGGUCAGCAGAAGCAACAAAUUAUAUUUGCAGAAAGGCAAAAUUCCCCACAAUUUGCAGCUUCCCCAUUUUCUUAGCAACGAUCUGCUCCCCAUCCCCUUCACACAGACAACUGUUUACUUGUCUAGCUCAGGGGUUCCCAACAAAAUUUUCUCGAGGACCCCUCAUCGAGCCGCUAUUGUGACAAAGACCCCCAUUAAUUCCUAAUCCUAAAUCUAAUUCCUAAUUCCUAAUCUAAUUUUUCCAGUAAGCUUAACACUGAUCUUGGAAGGGUUAGGUUCAAGGGACGCCGACGAUUUAGGUUCAAUGGACACUGACAAGAUCGGUUCGAGAGUCACUGACUUACUUGCUUGAACAUCAAAUGCAUUAUCUUCCUCUUCAUGUGUAGACCUUUGUCGUUUUAACGAACCACUUUUAAACCAACGAUCCAUUUUUAACUACGCGAACUGUAGCUUCUGCGAAAAACAACGCUUUGUUUACAAACACUACUGUUUUGCAAAGAGACAGUGCACGCCAGGGAGGAGGGAGGGGAAUGGAGAAGACAGGGUACCUGCGCAGUAGCGCACAAAUGAAGCCGGCGCGCGCAAAGCAUCUUGGGGAGGUGAGCGUUAGUAGAAUGCGUGCGCUGCCUCUUUGCAAAACAGUAGUGUUUGUAAAGCGCCACCUAACGGCAUACAGCAGAACUACUGCCUCUAUCUAAUUCUAGUUUUGUGCUAGACUCUGCUCAUGCAGGAAGCGGCCAAAACAAAAAAUCUGUUAUCAUACAAAAUAUAUUUAAUUUUUUUUUAUUCUAAUAGCAUCUUGCGGACCCCUCUGGCAUAUCUUGCGGACCCCUGGGGGUCCGCGGACCACCUGUUGGGAACCACUGGUCUAGCUCAAUUCCCCCUGCUGUUGAAGCAGAACCAGCUAUCUUAUCCUCAUUUGGAGAGAGAGGAGAAAUUUGCAUAACACUGGCUCUCUUGCAAAGAGGGGGAGAGGCCAGUUCUGGUGAAUUAGAAGCCUGGAAUGAUCUCACUGGGUGAUUCCUGGUUCCUUAGAACUGCUCUGCCCAGAGGGUUCCCCCCCCCCCCCCCGGUGCAUGUGCUUUUGGAAAGUCCCAAAGUCUUAGUAGAUGAGUCCUUUCCCACAAAGGGUGGCGCCUCAGCUUUGCGGCCCCCUCCCAAAUGAUAUUUGAGCUCACACCCUGAAGAAAUUAUUAAUAAAUGGUUUAAGACUUUUAAAAAAAAGUCUGGCUAUUUGGAUCCUGAAGUAUUCUUUGUUGCUCUACCAAGAAUUUUCUUGAUAGCCAUGUUCAUGAUACCAUGUUCAAAUAUAUAAAAGGAUGUCAUAUAGAGGAGGGAGAAAGGUUGUUUUCUGCUGCCCCAGAGAAGCGGACACGGAGCAAUGGAUUCAAGCUACAAGAAAGAAGAUUCCACCUAAACAUUAGGAAGAACUUCCUGACAGUAAGAGCUGUUCGGCAGUGGAAUUUGCUACCAAGGAUUGUCGUGGAGUCUCUUUCUUUGGAGGUCUUUAAGCAGAGGCUUGACAGGCAUAUGUCAAGAAUGCUUUGAUUGUGUUUCCUGCUUGGCAGGGGGUUGGACUGGAUGGCCCUUGUGGUCUCUUCCAACUCUAUGAUUCUAUGAUUCUUGCUGGUUUUCUUGCUAUUUGAUUUAUUAGUCUUUUUUUGUUAAGCCUACCCAUGUUCCCUAAGGAGGUUUAACAAACUGAAGGACAUCAUCCUCUUUCUAUGCUCCUCCCGAUGGAAACACGCAGAUAGCUUUUGUUCUCCUACCCAGGAGCUAGGAGAGGGGGCAGAGGAAAGGCCCAUCCAUUAGCCUGCAGGGCACCACCUCUUAGUUGUAGCUCUUGCAAUUGAGCUCAUUCUUUGGGGAUGCGGAUGAGGACACUCAAUUAGCCAGCUUUGUCUUACCUGGUUUCUGACCAGUUCAGCAACCUCCCCAUCUAUUAGAUUCUAACCCUCAUUGGGUACAGGACCCUGGCAACUGGAAGAGCAUCAUCAAUACAGACCCUCCAAACCCACAACAGUAUGUUUAAAGUAUGCAGAGCUCUUUAUGCACAUCAUCUGAUUAUCCCUGCAACGGCCAUUACUUAAUUACUUACGGUAUUGAUUUGUUGUUAGGGAUGUGGGUGGUGCUGUGGUCUAAACCACUGAGCCUCUUGGGCUUGCCGAUCAGAAGGUCGGUGGUUCGAAUCCAUGCACCUGUUGGGUGAGCACCUGUUGCUCGGUCCCAGCUCCUGCCAACCUAGCUGUUCGAAAGCAGGCCAGUGCAAGUAGAUAAAUAGCUACCACUGUGGCAGGAAGGUAAACAGCAUUUCCGUGCGCUGCUCUGGUUUCUGCAACAGUGUUCUGUUGCGCCAGAAGCGGUUUAGUCAGGCUGGCCACAUGACCCGGAAAGCUGUCUGCGAACAAAUGCCAGCUCCCUCGGCCUGUGGAACGCCCUCCCAUCAGAUGUCAAAGAGAAAAACAAAUACCAGACUUUUAGAAGACACCUGAAGGCAGCCCUGUUUAGGGAGGCUUUUAUUGUUUAAUAGAUUACUGUGUUUUAUUUUUCUGUUGAAAGCCGCCCAGAGUGGCUGGGGAAACCCAGCCAGAUGGGCGGGGUAUAAAUAAUAAAUUAUUAUUAUUAUUAUUAUUAUUAUUAUUAUUAUUAUUAAAUGCCUGGGUCGCACAGGAAGGCUUAUUAAAUCCCUAUCAGUAAUGAGGGAGACACACACACUUUACCAGGGAAGUGAUUGCAAAAAAACGUCACUGAGAAGGCAUUUCAAACAUUUCAGCAGCAACAACAACAGUUAAAAACCUUUCUCUCUUCCAGGGUCUGAGGUGGUUGAUAUAGGGGAAAGUGCUUUUUAAAGGGAUUUGGGUCCCAAGCCGUUUGGGGCUUUGUAUGCUUGUAUUUACACCUUGAAUGGCAACCAGUGCGGCACUUUCAGGGCUGGCGUUGAACUGUCCCACUGGGCUCUCCCACCUACCAGCCUAGCUGCCAAGCUCUGCACUAGUUCCAGCCUCCAGACCAUCUUCAAGGCCAGCCCUAUGUGCAGUGCUUUACAGUAGUCCAGAUAGGAUUCCCAUGUGAUGUGCCUGUUCCCUGUGGCAUCAGGCAACAUCUGAGUUGUGUGUUUUGAGCUCCAGUCUUUAUCUGUGCAUGCACGGAAGGAGAGAGGCCAGGAUGUCAAAACCACAAGGUCUUUCUUCUCAGUUUGUGGGUUGCUUAGCAUCUCGCAGUUGGCAAAAACAAACAAAUAACACAGCAAACACCUCCCCCCCCCCCCGCAAUAGCAAGUCUCCCCGCAGAGCAGGAAAACCAUCGACGUGUGAAAUCAGAUCUGUUCCUUGGCUUUUCCUCUAUAUGUCUUAAAAUGUGAAUAUUUAACACCAGAAGUUCUGCACCCCAACUGCCCUGGACUCAUGCUAAUAAUUCACACACACUGAUGCAUAUUUGCAAAUAUCAGACCUAUGUAUUAAAGCAGAAAAGACAAAGGCUGGCUAGGAAUUGCAGCUGCAUUGAAAAGAAGCGGCUUUCAUGUCUCUUCCAACUACAGUGGUACCUCGGUUUUCGAACGUCUCCGUUGACGAACAUUUCGGUCUUCAAAUGCCGUAAUGAAAUGAAUUUGGGUAUGCAGAGGAUAUUAAAAAAACAUUUUAAGGAAUCACAGAAAGGGGGGAAGGGAGGAAGUCAAAUUUUGAAAUGUUAAAUUGAUUGUAAAACUAACGAAAUGUAUAAACUUGAAAAGAAUAAAAAUAAAAUAAAAAUAAAAUAAAAAUGAUUAUAUUAUAUACACUUUGUAUCUCCCCGCCUAUUGAUAUAUGACAGGCAUCUUCACUGUACUCUUUUCGAUGCUCGCUAAACAUAUUUUAAAUGUUUAGAAAGCUGAUGUGAGUUUUCAUCUGUUUUUAUUCUACUGUCAUUUUAACUUUUUGAAGGUCUUCCAUCAUUAACUUUUCAUUGAUAUUUUUUUUGUUGUAUCCCUUUUGCAAAACUGCUUUGAGGGCUCCCCACCAACUUACAAUUACUGGUAAGCAUUGUAUAAAUUUUACGAUAAUUAUAUAUCUCGACUUAGGUUUGUUAAAAGAAUGAUGUUGCUGGACAAUCCAGAUCCACAGGGUGUUCUCUGUAGACAGGCUGGAAAUCUCCUCCCUCUCCUGUCCCUAUCUGGAAGUGGAGAAAAUUCCAAACAGACCGCCCACCUGGGUUAUGGAGCUGGAGAGAAAGAUUUAAACACCCCCCUGGCUGACCUUCUGAUUGUAUCUCUGCAACUGCAAUUUGGGGGGGCUGGGGGAACCGAUGUCAAGGCGAUGCUGUUUGGAAAGAGAAGGCUUAAAGUCAUAUAAUUUGACUCCUAGAGAGGAAGUACACAGAGACAGAUAGAGUGAAUCUAUCUGGGCUAAAACAAGCCAAAUAAACUACUGAGCAGCUGCUCAAUGUGUCAUAAACACAAGGGGAGGUUGCGCAGCUGUUUUGCUUUGCUAAAAAGAAACUUAGGUUUUCUGAAUUCUGAAAAA